AUGGCUUUUUAUGAAAAGAUUUUAUUAUCAAAACAACGUUUCUCCAUUACAUCCGAUGGAGUUGAUAAUGUUCAUCGACCGAUUUCUCCUCCACUUUCACCACCGAUCUCACCACCUCCACCUUAUACACCAAUGCCACCAACUUUUGUUCCAGUUCAUCCACCUCAAAAUUUAUCUAAAGUUAUGGUUAAAAUGUCUCAACCUCAACAACCACCACGUAGACGCAUUUCUUCAAAAAACAAUUUUGUAAAUGAUUAUUAUAAUAACGGUUUCAAAAAUGAUUUUAGACGUGGAAAUGAAUUUAAUCAAAUGUUUAUUCCUGUACAAGUUUGUACACCUUCAAAUGGAAAUGAUGUUAAUCAAAAAGUUCAACAAAUUUUGAUUCCAAUAACAACUUCCCCACGACAUGGUGUUAUUCAUGGUGGUAAUAAUCAUGGUCAAUUUAUACAUAUUCCUCCUCCUCCAAGAUAUACUCCUGCUUUACCUCCUCCCAAUCAAUUUCAUCUUGUGAAACUGGUUAAAAAUCCUGUUAUGAAUUAUUGA